AUGGCAAAAAAGAAGAGCUGGUUCAGCGUAUUUAAGAGAUUUUUCAUCUCGGAAACGUAUUCGAGAUUUGAAAAGGAUAAGAGAAAGAGAGGGGUGUUCUUCAAAUUCGUUAAGAGGAAACAAUUAGUUUCAACUCAAAGAGAAAGGACACCUGAGGAAGCAGAAGAGCAGAGCAUUCAUCACGAUGUAAACACAAAUGUUGCAGAAUCUGAUCAUUCUAAUAGCAUCAUUCAAUCUGCUGAUCAACAGGAGGAUACAGAAAAAUCAUCUGAAAUCGACGUUAAUGCGAUCCCUCUGCAACUUUCUCAUCAGGAUGUCAGUGGAGUUCAAGAUCUCGCUGCCACCAGGAUUCAAGCUGUUUUCCGCGGUUACCUGGCAAGGAAAGCACUACGAGCACUUAAAGGAGUCGUCAAACUUCAAGCUCUUAUUCGAGGGUGGGGGGUACGGCGCCAAGCUAUUAACACCCUCAAGUGUCUGCAGACAAUUGUAAAUAUCCAGUCAGAAGUUUGUGCAAAGAGGUGUGAAAGAGUUAAGGGCACUCAACAUUUUCAAGAAUAUAAGCCACAAGAUUUGGGAGAAAAGGACAUAAAGAUAGAUUUAAAUAGCCAGAAAAGGUGGGAUGACAGCACAUUAACAAAGGAAGAAGCAAAAGUCCAGAUCUUAAGCAAGAAAGAGGCUGCUAUUAAGAGAGAAAGGAUAAAGGAAUACUACUUGCACCAUCGGAGAUCAGCAGAAUCAGAACGCGACAAGGUAUCCGGAAGACGAAGAUACUGGUUAGAACAAUGGGUAGAUGCCCAACUAGCUAAAAGAGAUGAUCUCGUAAACUUGGACACGGCUAAUGCAAGAAACAACAGAGAUGACCUUGGGAACAGACUUCUCAAGUUAAGAAUUAUGCAAAAACAAUAUCAAUCAGAACAUCAGGAUUCUACGCCAAGAAAAUCAUUUUAUCACAGAAAACAGCUAUCGGUAGGGGAAAACAGUGAUUUUCUAGGUUCUCCUGCCAUUCCUACAUACAUGGCAGCCACCGAAUCUGCCAAAGCAAAAGUCAGAUCAAUGAGCUCACCAAGAUUAAGACCAAUAAAUAUAGACGUUUGUUCUGAGAUUAAUUCUCCAUAUAAGCAGAGGCUCUCUCCCAUAUCAUCGAUCAAUAGUGAGUUGACGAGCAGGAGUUGGAUUCGGAAUGCUGUUGGUUCGUCAGAAAGAUCUCCUCAGUUGAAAGGUUUAGCUGGUCCUGUAAAAUCCAGCAGAACUAUAAAGGACCUCCACCUGGAUUUUGAAGGUUCAUUACCAAACUGCGAUAGGCGUUGCACCAAUUGA